AUGAAGGAAGCUGGGAAGCCGCAAAGGAAGGCUGUGGUUGACCACUACUGGGUCAAAGCUGCUGUCUCCUCUUUCGACUCAUCGUCCACGGUCAUGGCCAAAAGGCACCACGCACCCGCUCUCAACUCAAGUUGGUGCACUCCCUUCACCCUUAGGUUGCCCCUGCGCACAGAUCUCCUCGGUGCCUUUGCUGAAGGAACAAGCUCAGACAACGUGCAAUCCAUUUCUUAUUCUAGAGUUCUGCUAAAAGCUAGAAGUACUUCCACACCAGGCGUUGGCAAGAACUGUGGCCCAAACUCCGCCAAGAAGACUGCAGGGGAUAAUUCAAAGGUGAUCUUCGCGCGAGAUUCACGUGAGCUUCAGGUGAAGCUACCGGAUGUAAAAGCGGCCGGGAGGCUAAGCCGCGUCUGGGAAGGUGGCUCGUGCGCGGUACCGCCGCGAUACCGUCGUUGA